AUGGCUCUCGAGAACCUCUUGCCGCUUGAGCUCAUCGACAAAUGUGUAGGCUCACAGAUCUGGGUCAUCAUGAACGGGGGAAAGGAAUUCACAGGCAAACUCGUUGGCUUUGAUGACUAUGUCAACAUGGUUCUCGAAGAUGUCACUGAGAUAGAUGCUAGUGAAGGAAAUGUCAAGCUGCCCAAGAUCCUUCUGAAUGGCAACAAUAUCUGCAUGAUGGUUCCAGGAGGCGAUGGCGAAACAGUGCUGGAAUAG